CAGUAGUACACGAGCCACUCAAAGGGAAUGACACAAAGCAGCACAACAUAAAAAGUACAAACGACACCAAAUGGGAGAGCAAAGUGCGGGAACGUGAUAAUCGAUGCGUUGUGUUGUGUCCUGUGCUAGUUGAAUCUCAUCUAACCCCAAAUACUAAGAUCCUAUCCUACUACUCAUUUGCUUAUCCAUCAUCAACAACUCUCAUUUCUCAUCAUCACUUCCCACUUACGCUCGGUAAUGUCUCAUUUCUCACGCAUCAACCCCUAAUAAUAAUCCCCCAAACAGAACCUUUCCCACCCAAUCCAAACACAGCCCUAAACCCCCCCACCAUCAUCAUGAGUGCCGUGAAUUUGAACACAUGGCCACGCCCCAGCUUCAUUUUGAACCAAACCGCCACAAGAAGAUCCAGAUCCUCCCCAACCUCUCAUUUCUUUCACGGCGUCAAUAAGUUACCGUCACCCAUUUCCUCCCUCACCGUUGCCAAACGCUCAUUUACGCUCUCGGCGGUGCUGACGAAAGAGGACACCGUGGAGACGGAAGAGAAGCCACCGAUUUUCGACUUCAAGAACUACAUGGUUUCCAAAGCGAGCGCGGUGAACAAGGCCCUCGACGACGCCGUUUCGCUCCGCGAGCCGCAGAAGAUCCACGAGGCGAUGCGGUACUCGCUCCUCGCCGGCGGCAAGCGCGUGAGGCCGGUUUUGUGCGUGGCGGCCUGCGAGCUCGUCGGCGGCGAGGAGGCCACGGCGAUGCCCGCCGCCUGCGCCAUCGAGAUGAUCCACACCAUGUCGCUCAUCCACGAUGACCUCCCCUGCAUGGACAACGACGACCUCCGCCGCGGUAAGCCCACCAACCACAAGGUCUUCGGCGAGGACGUCGCCGUCCUCGCCGGCGACGCGCUCCUCGCCUUCGCCUUCGAGCACAUCGCCGCCUCCACCCGGGGCGCCUCCCCGGGGCGGAUCGUCCGCGCGAUCGGCGAGCUUGCGCGGUCGAUCGGCUCCGAGGGACUUGUCGCCGGCCAGGUCGUCGACAUCAACUCCGAGGGCCUGGCCGACGUGGACCUCGAGCGCCUCGAGUUCAUCCACGUCCACAAGACUGCCGCGCUCCUCGAGGGUGCGGUGGUGCUCGGCGCCAUCCUCGGCGGCGGCACCGACGACGAGGUCGAGAAAUUGAGAAAAUUCGCUCGCUACAUUGGUCUGCUCUUUCAGGUUGUUGAUGACAUUCUCGAUGUUACCAAGUCAUCUCAGGAAUUGGGGAAAACCGCAGGAAAAGACCUUGUGGCAGAUAAGGUUACUUACCCCAAACUUUUGGGUAUUGAGAAAUCUAAGGUGUUUGCUGCGAAGUUGAACAAAGAUGCUCAGGAUCAGCUUGUUGGGUUUGACCCUGUUAAGGCUGCUCCUUUGAUUGCUUUAGCCAAUUACAUUGCUUAUAGGCAGAACUAGAUUGUUUGUUUAGGAAAGUUUAGAUUUAUGAAAUCAUAUUGGAUUAACAUUUACUUAUUGGCUAUUGCAAUGCAACUAGGGAUUAUAAAAUAAUAAUACCCCCUUGCCCUUCUUCUAUGUGCCUUAGUCGUCAAUUUUGUAUGAUGAAUGAAUAUAAAUAUUUUUAUAAUACCUUAAAUUGUAAUUAUAUAUUAUAUAUUUAUAUUG